AUGUAUCUCAUCCAUGACACUAUGGCGAAACGGAGAUUCAUUAGCGAAACUCCCUUGCCGGGUGAAAAGGCCAGGCUGCAUCACCAAGUUAAUCCCGACGAACAGAUUUCCGACACUCAUGCGCUUGACUCGUUGCCUUUACCGCUAGCGAAUCCGGAGCCACGCACAAAACGAAAGAGAACAACGGAUCCUCAGUCCGACACACUCGAGGAAGUAGAAAUAAAACGGGCUCGCAAAAAUUCGAGCGAACCGCCAGAUCCGGAGCAGGAGCGGAAUUCAGGCCCUGAGCUGUGGCCAGGUGUCCAUGAUAUUCUAAGCAAAGGAAAGCCAGUGUGGUUUAACGAGAAAUGCUUGCGGUCAUACCAUAAUUUUUUAUUAUCUGAAAAAGCAUACAACGAGAGUUACAACGAGGACAACAUGCCAGCUGAUGAACCAAACCCAUUACCAAGCCCAGAACUUUCCGAUAGCGACGCGGCUGAAGGCGAUGAACAAGAAAUCCCGACUACUAGUCCUGAACAAGCACAGCACCCUAUACCCAUUUUAAGGCAUUCAGACUCGGAGCAGGAUUCAGACUCGGAGCCAUGGCCAAGCAUUGUACGGGAUUUAAGCAAAGAAGAGCCAAAUUGA